UAAUUUCGUAUUUUUUUAAUAAUUUGCUUGGUUUCUUCUUCUUUGCUUCUUAUGCGGAAUCCUUCUCCCUCUCAUGGCUUCACCAGCAAUCCAAAUUUUCUCUCUUUCUGAAGCUUCCCUUCCUCUCAAACGAAGAUUCUCUCUCUAAAAUUUUCUUUCUUGGUUUCUCCAAGAAAAACUUUAUGCAUUGCUGAUCUAUAUCCUGCUCGUAAAGUUUCUCUGGUUGUCUCAAUUUAGCAUCAAUUCUCAACAGCCCCAGUUUUUUAUAUGAGGCUAUAAGUGAAGCAGAUGUAAAGAAAAUGGAUUAAAACUCUUCAGCUAAGUUUGAUGCUUGGUCUCUGGAGUUCACGUGGAGGGUUGCAAAAUGUUGAUAGAUUUCUUGGUGAUUGUGAACCGCUCCUACAAUGACAAGUUGAUUCAUGACUAUGCCAAAUGCUUGAUGCUAGACGUAAGCACCAUACCAUAUCUAGAAGCCAACGACCAAAACUGUGUUGACAGCAUAGACACCUCUUCUUGGAGGCUGUUUAAAUUCCACUGAAAGAUUUUCGAUUAUAAUCUGUUGCAAUUUAAAUAAUGGAAAGAUAUAAAAUUUUGGAGGAGCUUGGUGAUGGCACUUGUGGUAGUGUAUAUAAGGCUCGUGAUUGGAGAACAAAUGAGAUUGUUGCAGUCAAAAAGAUGAAGAGGAAGUUCUUUUUCUGGGAGGAAUACUGGAGAUUACGAGAGAUUAAGGUACUCCGUAAAUUAAAUCACCCCAAUAUCAUAAAGUUGAAGGAGGUUGUCAGGGAAAACAAUGAGGUGUUCCUCAUUUUUGAGUACAUGAACUAUAAUCUAUACCAAGUAAUGAAAGAACAAAGAAGACCCUUUUCAGAGGAUGAGAUUCGUAGCUUUAUGUCUCAAUUGCUGCAUGGACUUAAUCACCUCCAUAGAAGUGGAUAUUUUCACCGAGAUCUAAAACCAGAGAAUUUGCUGGUGACAAAUGACGUUCUUAAAAUUGCUGACUUCGGAUUGGCUAGAGAAGUAUCAUCGGUUCCUCCUUAUACCGAAUAUGUUUCCACACGCUGGUAUCGAGCACCAGAAGUCCUGUUACAGUCCAAAUUAUACACUCCUGCAGUUGACAUGUGGGCAGCUGGCGCAAUCCUAGCUGAGCUUUUCAAUUUGUCCCCAAUUUUCCCUGGUGAAAGUGAGAUAGACCAAUUGUUCAAGAUAUGCUGUGUGCUUGGUACUCCAGACUUGACUAUCUUCGAUGAAGGGACAAAUGCCUCUCGAUUAUAUGGCAUUAUUAAUUAUGAAAAGAUCUUGCCUGCAAACCUCUCUGAUAUCAUUCCAAGCGCAAGCCCAGAAGCUAUUGAUUUAAUCCAACAACUAUGUUCAUGGGAUCCAUCAAGGAGGCCAGCUGCGGAUGAAUCAUUACAACAUCCCUUUUUCCAUGUUGGCUGGGUUCCUCGUUCACUCCGUGAUCCACUUGACCUGAAGCUAAGUAUCAUGGGAGCAAAGCCAACGCUUGAGUUGAAAUUAUCAGACUUUGGUGCUGAACCUGAGGACUGCUUUCUUGGCUUGACGCUGGCUGUGAAGCCCAGUGUUCCAGAAUUCGAUGUGGUUCAUGAUGUAUCGCAGCAUAUAAAAGAGGAUUCUUUAUUUUGCUCUGGUUUGGAAGAUCAUUCAGGACGAUCUGGGAAAAUUCAGGAUCUCUUUACUUGGUUACUGAUUAUUUUUCCCUUUUUACUGCAAAUGAAUCUAACCAUAGUUUUUUGGUCUCUAAUGCCUCCUGAUCAAGGUGGAAUCUGUGCCCCAGUAGAGCCUUCCUUUUCUUUAUCAUUCAGUUCAAUUCAACAUCCAUCAGUCAGAGUUCCACAAUCAGCUGGUUUCUCCAUCCCAUCAUUGCAGCCUAACAUCUUAGAUGGUCCAUUGUUGGCCAUGUCUUCUUCCUUCCCACAAAGCCGUUGCCUCUGAAUGAAUUGAGUUAAUAAACUCGUCUCUCACCAAAUAAUGCGAGGCUGUAAUUUAUUACAUCUGUUAAUACAAAGUUUUACUGAGGACACUGUCAUAUAGUCUGUCACUGUACCAUGAACAUGUUGAGUGUAUUAAAAACAUUUCUCUCUGAUUCUUUAAUAUUGAAAAGUCAAUCUUCAAUAUAUUUGCGAAACACAUGCAUUCCCC